ACAAGGGCUAAACCCUAGCGGAAACCAGAAAGGGUGAGAGAGGAGAGGAGAAAUAGCAACUGAAUUAUCCCAACGGUCAACGCUCUAUUCAAUGGCUCUUCCGGCGUCUUCGCUGUUUGCUUCACAUCCAAAAACUCAGCUGCAUAUCAAAUUGUUUAGCCGCCAACCUUGUCAAUUCCAUGCACGGCCCUUGUUGUUGCUUCAUCCCCGUCUCUCCCCUAUGUGUUGUAUGAGAAUUGCAAAUGUAAAUUUUGGCGAUCCGAAUAAAGUUAAGUUACAAUUGAGUACUGCCAAGCAGAGGUUAUGGGAGGCCUCCCCUAGUCCAGUGAAAGAAUUCCCGUGGGCAGAGGCAGCCAAUUUGCUGCUAAAGCGAUUGAUGGUUAUCGGACAGGCCGCAUUGAAAUGGUCUCUUAUCGCACUUUUUGUUUUGAGUUCUGUUUCAGAUGUUAUAUUUUCUAUCUCUAGAAACCAGGAGUUGAUGAUUCCAAUUGGUCUUCUUAUGGGCUGUUUGAUGACCGACUUUCUCAAAGAGACACUGCAAGAACUAUUUCAAGCCCCGGAGCCGGAGGAUACGCGAUUGGAUUUGACAUUUAUGAUCGUCAGUUGCUUCUUCCUUCUUGUUAAGGUCAUCUCUACAUUUUUUACAACACGACCACAAGCACUACUUCUACAUGUUGCUAAUGGCGGGUUGCUGCAAGUUUUGUGGCUGUGGAGAUGUACAUCCAGAACAACUGAAUGAGACUGUUCAUUACUUCUGUGUAUAUAUUUUUCUUGGUUGUUUCUUUACAGAAUAAAUAUCCAAGUAAUAAUCGAAUUGUUUGAUUUAUAGUACAAAUCAAGGUUUCUACUA